AUGGCACAAGGAGAAAGUGAACGUGUGGCGCUUACAUACAUUAGGAACAUUUCGGAAAUGACUGCACGACUGCCACAACAGUACAACACAACCUUGUCCCACCAACACGCAAGCACCCUACGGAGAACACCGUCAAAUCCAAAGAACCAGUACCAGUCUCCGGUUUAUUCUUUCAAGCUAUACCCUCAGCUACUGGUCGGGCACUUGUACGCCGAAUCUGGGCGACCGGUGCUGAUCUACGGACCGCAGGCUAGCGGAAAGACACAACUAGCUCGCGCGAUUUGUCACAGGGCUUAUACAACCAGGAGAAAAAUGAAUCCAUCGAGACUGGACGCACGAAGAAUUCUCGCUUGCACAUUCGCACGUGGUGAUGAACGAUCCAGGGAUUGCCAACGGACAAACAUGAGAGGUCCGUGGAUAAUCGAGGACCUACACUUGGUUUCUUCUGGUUCAAACAGCAUCGGUUGGGUUCACCAACCAUUCUAUGAGGAGAUACGCAAGCGCAUGCGUGGUUCGGUGACUGGCUACCUUUGUGAACACGUGUCGUUCAGCAAUCAGUUUGGAAACGCACCUCCACGAUGCACAUCCCAACUCUUGCCUAUCAUGACCGCAAGUAAUGAUUUCAAGUCCGAUGAACAGCUGUCACUGGUCGACUUGACACUGACAAGUUUGGGUUAUCGUUUUGCUGUUGUGAGCCUGAUGGACCCCACGCUUACAUUGGUGGGGAAUACCUCGGCAUUCGGUGAACAGUCCAUCUAUGGGUUUGGACCUUUGAGUAUUCUUUCUCAAACAAUCUACAGUUAUGGAGUUUCCAGAACUGCUGGUCUACUGGUUCAGACGACCUUAUGUGCCUCGAUCGAUAGAUACAUUUUGUCCUCUACACCAAAAGGCAUGCUGGUCCCAAUCGCCUACUUGCUUCUGGGACCACGUGGCAAUUUAUUCAUAGAAGUACCGUCAGAGGAAAAGCCAACUCAAGGUUCACCCCGUCGAGUCCCAAGGAGGCGAGCUCGAAAAAGGGGCGUGACUUCACCCGACUGGAGGAACCUACAGAUUAUUCUAGAAGAUGUGGAGACAAUAGUGUCCACCAAAGCAUAUUUGGUGCAGCCCCACCGAGAUUGUUCCAGUUGGGCAAGGAAACGCAGACUCAACCCCAACCUAGCACUUCUGCCCAGUCAGCCAACUUGUAUUUCCGAAAUGGCAACCAACAUGUUACCGAUGAGAUCAGAGUGUCCUGCACUAAUUCAGCACAUCCUGAUGGACCAUUCACUGAAGAAAGUUGAGAACGCUUAUGAGGAGAAAAACUCGUAUAAGGGUCAACAACUUCGUUUGGACGGUGCGCCUGCGAUUCUAACGCAUGAUGAAACGAGUGCGACCCUGGAUGACUGGCCCGAAGCUGAGCGAAUGACGGGGUGGUUGCUCGAUGCGAUUAAAGAGCCGGGUGGCCGAAUACUGUUCGUUUACAAGGAGCCUGACCAGAGUGGAAUCCUGACCUCAAAGCUGCAUGACCUUAUUUACCAUGCUGCCCACCGAAUGCGGCUGAACAGUCCUCAUUUUGUGACGUUGGGGCUGCAUGAACGUGACAUCGAUCUGCAGGGGUGGGAUAACGAUCCACUCGUUCUGGACUGUACAGGUUUGAACGUAGAAGCUGAUGCACAGUGGAAGACACUUACACAGAAUUUAGUGACCCAAUUCAAACUGGCCGAAAUGGCGAUGCAACAGCGUAAUGAUUCAAGGAUUGCAAACUUGUUCCUUGUGCUGCCAAAUAAAGAAAACGUGAUCAACUCUCUUUGUCAAGCUGUCUCAUGGCACCGCGUGAUCUACCUGACCACAUUGGACCAAUCACCGACCGAGCCAAACGCGGUCUAUUUGAAUGAGGAUAAAACUUUGAACGGAUUCCUGUCAAAACAAGUUUGUGAACCACAUGGGCCGGGGAACAAAAUCAAACAACUUUUUGUCCGAGUUCAUAAAAAGAUGUGUCAGGAAAACGCAAAUCUGCAGAAUCUAAGUGGCCAACAAAGGAUUACUCUCCUGAAAUCAGCAGUGGACACGUGGAAUGAGUUACAGAAUGGCGAGUCCAUACAUUCAGUCCACAUUCGUUCGGGUCAACUGGAACAAGCUCAACGAGGUUAUCAGAAUAUGAAGAAACAGGUGGCAGUGGAAACCGAAACUCUGAAGAUUGUAAAAAACGAGCAGAUGUUACGACAACAGCACUGGAUUCCACAGGCCGAGCGGAAUUUGAACGAAGCCAAGGAGGCAAUGGACUAUUGUCAAUUAGCGGUGAACAAAGGACAGCGGUUAAUGGGGAAAAUGAAACGACCUUUGGAAACAGCCCUAGAAAAGGCGAGAAGAGAAUAUGAAAGGGCAGCUGAGCGAUAUCAAGCGGCUCUUCAACGACUUUACACACUGUCUGUUGAGAUGCUAGAUGAACUGAGGUCAUAUCCGGCGCCACCGGAAUCGGUAAAGUCAUGCAUCUACGCAAUUUGCAUGCUGUUCGGAGAAGAAGAGAAGCAUUCUCAUGUAGUGAUCUGGUGCGGCGCCAUUGGGGCACUGGAACAAGAGCUACAAACACUAUAUGACAAGUACGCGGUUCUUACAACUGAAAAUGAGGAUGCUGAUGACGAUGAUGGUGAAGAUGAUGAGGAUGAUGAUGAUGGUGAUGAUGGUGAUGAUGAUGAUGAUGAUGAUGAUGAUGAUGAUGAUGAUGAUGAUGAUGGUGAUGAUGAUGAUGAUGAUGGUGAUGAUGAUGAUGAUGAUGAUGGUGGUGGUGGUAAUGAUGAUGAUGAUGAACCAGAACCUACGCCUACCAUGGUUCAGUCCGAGCUUUCACGCGAAGUGCUUCGUUUUGUGAAGAUUUAUGGCGGUUAUGUCGCAAACGAGAAUAUGGCCAGAAACGUUUGGUCGAUUUGUACACCCCCCUACCUAUCCACGGUACUAAACACUUUUUUCACCACCCCUCCGUCGUUGAACAGUUGGUCCAGCGCCAAAAAAAUGAUGGUACCCACUCAGUUCAUCAGUAGAAUCCUUGGCUUCCAUCGAACACAACUGUCGCCAUAUCAUCACGCCGAACUGAGGCGACGAUUGGCAUUGCCCGAGCUGAGCAUCACCAACCUGCACAAGGUUAGUUUAGCUGCUGAGGAGAUAUGUCUGUGGCUACACGCAUUGUGCAGAUGUGGUGACGCACUGGAUGGCGUUCGAGCGGAAAUAGAACGGCUUUCUGGACAAGAAUUCGAAAUGGCUCAACUGGAAGCGGAUCUGACGCAGAAAAAAUUGGAACUUGAUGCUGCGCGCCUUGGAUUCGAGGCAGCCGAGCAGCAUUUGCUGCGAUUGCGGAAAGCCGCUGAAGAUCAGGAAAAGCACAUUCAGGAAACGGAACACAAGAUACUUUUGACAAACAGUAUCCUCGGUGAUCUCAAAAGUGUUGAGGCAGAAGUUGAGGAACAACAGAAGCUCCUGGAACAAAAGGAAACCCUUUUGCCUUUGUACAAUGCAAUGGCUGCAUUGGAAGCGGUCUAUCUGCCAACAGUUGCUUCCAGUGAAAGGGCAGACUUGGAAAUUUGUCUAAGCCAGUUGAGUGUAUAG